AUGGCGGCGGCACAGCUAGGUGAAUCUGAGGCUAAAAAAAUGAGUAAGAUUGAUUUAGAUGAGAAGUUGGCUAUGGAUUUAUCUAAACCAUCGAGUACACCUACCAAUAGAAAUGAGAUAUUAGUAAUUCAUCAUUACCAGUACUUGUUAGGUAAUCUCUGA